AUGCACCAUGUGACUUCAAAUAAUUGGAACAUAGAAAGUGGUGACACAUUUGACGAGUUCACCUAUGAAGACGAAGACUUAAAUAAAGCAGAGGAGUACUAUACUUUAGAAUUAUCGGAGGAAGACUUUAACAUUUAUGACAACCUUUGGAAAGAUGAGGUUAGCUCAGCAAUAUAUUUAACUAUAGUAGAAGAACUUCCUACACAAGAAAGAGAAAAAGAAACACUUACUGAAAAGAGAAACUGGAAAGAUUAA